CAUAAUAUUUUUAAUAUAAUUACCGUUAAAUACUAUGAGACUCUGCCUCGAUCGCCAUGACCAUUCUCAGGAACUAAGAUUCGGGGAAGGAAGGAAGACGAGUCUUUGAUGAGGUAAGAUUGCGCUCGUCGUCUAAUUAUAAUUGUAAUAGACUCCAUGCCUAUAAGUUUUGCGCUACCGAUGGCGACCUUUUGCGCUAAAAUAUCAAUAAUAAACUUUGUAGUUACAAACAACAGUGAACUGUGAACUAUCUUGCCUUCAUUCUUAUCCUGUAGAAAUCACCUUACGGGACCUUAGAUACAUGGGAAAAUACCUUAAAUAUUUGAUAAUCUAACACGGUAGAUAAAUUGUGCUUAAAAAUAAUCUUUUAUGUGGAUAACUGAAAUUUAGAAAAAUGACUAAAUCAGUCAGUAGAUCACCUGGCUAAUGCUCGCGGAUUAUUUCCUUGAGAAUUAAUCCCACCAAACCAAAGGAAAAAUUUAAUUUUUUUAAUUGUAUUAUAUUGAGUUAGAAGCAAAGCUGAAACUUGAAUGAAACAUUAUCUUUGAUAUAAAUAUAAAUAAAUGUUUUGCAAACCGAAAAAUAUAUACUAAAUAAUAAACACAAUUGUUUCCAAAAAUCAAAUUCAAAAUUAAUGUUUUUAAUAAUUUCUUUCAUUUCCUGAUACGUAUCUGUUUAUGUAAGCUGUUUUUAAUAUGAUAUAUCGCUUUUUGGUAGGUACACUUUUGUUAUUUUAGCAUUAUUUGUAAGAAAGUGUCCGGCAUCGCAUCAGGAUGCAAUUACUAUAUGUAUAUUAUAAUAUUUACCGUAUUUAAAAUAAUGCUUUUAUGAACUUUGUAUAAUUUUUAUAGAAACUAACAUGAAAGAAAUAGAUCUUAGUGAAUACAUCGAGAGAAAUGCUAAUCGAGUCAGUCGGAAAGUAUCAUUAAAAAAUUUCUUUCGAAUUUUUUCACGUUUGUUUAAUAGACGCCCUAUUUUAGUAAUUUACAGUUUAAAAAUACAUAAACAAAUAUAUUUUUCAUCGGCUUCUGGAUUGUACGGAGGAAAUUGGAAAGAAUAUAUCGCUAUUCUAAAAAAAUGGGUCAAAGAUUUUCACGAAUUAAACAUCGAACCCGUGUUUUACUUUAAUGGAAUUAGUAAAAAUGAUUUAAAGAAAGGGACAAAUUGGAAGCGAGUUCAUCUCCCCGAAAGAAAACAAGUAAUAGUUGAUGAUCCAUUGAUAGAUCUUCAUACAGAUGAUCAAAGGUGCACCAUUCCACCCGGAAUAUCUUCGUACAUCAGAUAUAUCCUAAAAUAUGAGUGCAAAUGUCGAGUCUAUAAUACUGUAGAUAAUUCCCUUUACGAAGUCGCAAAAUAUGCUAAUUGUAUUCCCGAGUGUUUAGGAAUACUUUGCGAUAAAUUAGAUUGUUUAUUCUUUAAUACUAAACCUGUUUUCUAUUCUAAAUAUUUCGAUCUUCUUAAAGACGAGGGUAAAAUAUACUAUCGUUCUCUAUUAAUUGAUUUACUGACGUUGAAACCUAAACAGUUGCCGUUAUUUGCGUGUAUUUCGAUGAAUGUCUUUCGCAAAGGUGAGACCUAUAAAGAACAGUUGAAUAUAAUAGAAAACAUCGUUGGCACAAUGAAAGAAUAUCAGUGGUAUGGAAAAAAGGAAGAAAUUCCAUAUAUAUCUAGAGUUACAUAUAUAAAUGAGAGGAUGUUGAAUACUUAUUUAGAUAUGUAUAGACUUCGGGAUAUUUUUAAUAAUAAAAAGAAUAAAAAUAUCAUCUCUAAAAUUAGAAAAUGCGAGGCUCCCGGUAUUAUCUAUAAAUUGUUGACUUUUAAAGAAUAUGCAGAAAGGAUAACCAUUUCAGAUUCUUCGCAAAAAUGGACUCCGUCGAUUUUAGCAUUUAGACCGAUCAGACAGAAAAUGUAUUCUCUAUUGUUUCGAAACAGGCCCGUAUGUAUCACCGAAAGAUGCAUUUGCGGUGAAAAUGAAGACGAAGAAAUUGUAAAUAAUGUGUUAAUUGAGUCAAACGGUAAGCGUAUUAUUAUUAUUAUUAUUACUUUAAUCGGCUUAAUUUUAUGUUUAGUUCCCGUUAUAGAUUGUCCAACGCUGGAAAAUCUCUGGUUUGGGAGAAAACAAUGUCUUGUCCAGAAACGUUGGGUUUUAUUUUCAAAAUGCUUAAACUUAACCAUUCCUUUGCCUAAAUUGUGUCAAAUUGAAAAUGCUUUCAUAGUUCUUUGCAGUCUGCUUAAUUAUCUUUUGAAGUUAAAAGACAUUGAACUAAAACCAGAAGAAGUUAAAGCCUUCAUCAUUCAAGCCAUUUCUGUUUCCUUCGAAGAUACCAGCAAAUUCUCCAACAUAAAGGCACCAGAAGAUACCAGGAUUGUGUAUUUGAUUAGCCUAUUUCAGAAAGGAAUAAGCAAUUUAUUAUAUUUACUGAGUGUCUGUGGCUGUCCCAUUCCACUUAGAGACGCUAUGCCAUGGAAAUAUUUCGACGGAAAGUCGUUCGCUUAUUUCCUUGAAAAACUACAAAAUAAUAGUCAUUCGGUGGAGUCUUGUUGCGAAGAUAAUACAGAAAUUAUAGAAAUUUUUCGUAAACUUUACGAAAUAACAAUCAUUGGAACCAGUCUGGAAAAUGAAGAAAAUAAAGUUUAAUACGUGUACUAAUUUAUAUAAUAUAAUGCGCCUAUUCGUGAAGGUGAAGCUAUUAUCGAUAUUGUGUACGAAGGUAAAGUAUUGGACUCUCGUCCAAUACUUUAUUGGACGAGACUCGAUCCACACUCUAAUCCAACAGAAGUUCCAUUCUUCAAUUUUCAAUCCUGCUCGUAUCGGUUUUUAUACGUGGAUGUAAGAAUAUCCUUAAACUACUCGUUCUAUGAUCAUUUACUUUCUUCACGCCAUCUUAUUUGAUAAGGCCAGCAAAACUUUGUAUUCUUAGAAGAAGCAUAAUUUAACUAUCGUAAAUAAACAGUAAAUUUUAAUAAAAUUUUAAAUUGUAUUUGUUUCAACAUUUACUAAAAAAUAUGUUUGUAUUAAAAUAACUUUUUAAUACACACAGACAAACGUUUGAUUUAUCUG